AUGUUCACUGCAGCUCGUUCCCUCCGCAGCGCCGUUGCCCGCACUGGCAACUAUGCCGCCAUUCCGCGGUCUUUGAUCGCGAGGAACAUGAACUCCAAAGUCUCCGGUCCUGUUGUGGGUAUUGAUCUGGGUACGACAAACUCAUGUGUUUCCGUCAUGGAGGGGAAAACCGCGCGUGUCAUUGAGAACUCUGAGGGUGCCCGGACAACGCCCUCUGUUGUUGCAUUCACGAAACACGGCGAACGUCUGGUCGGCUUACCUGCAAAGCGUCAGGCCGUUGUUAACCCUGCCAACACGGUCUUUGCAUUCAAGCGGAUGAUCGGUCGGCGAUACAGUGACAAGGAGGUGCAAGAAGAUGUAAAACAUUGGCCUUUCCGUGUCGUGGCAAAAGCUGAUGGUCGGCCAGCCGUCGAAGUCGAAGCCGGGUCCAAAAAACAGCAAUACUCCCCUGAGGAGUUGUCGUCGAUGGUUCUUGUCAAGAUGCGUGAGACCAGCGAGCAGUUCUUGAACAAGAAAGUCACCCACGCCGUCGUCACCGUACCCGCCUACUUCAACGACGCACAACGACAAGCAACGAAAGAUGCUGGUCAAAUUGCAGGUCUCGAAGUGCUGCGGGUAAUCAAUGAACCUACCGCUGCUGCUCUUGCCUAUGGUUUGGACCGUGCUGAUUCAUCCGUCAUUGCCGUCUAUGACCUUGGGGGUGGUACCUUCGAUAUCUCAAUCUUGGAGAUGCAGAAGGGUGUUUUCGAAGUCAAGUCAACUAACGGCGACACUCAUCUUGGUGGUGAGGACUUCGACAUUGUUCUUCUCAACCACAUCUUGGCGGAGUUCAAGAAGGAGAGUGGCAUUGACCUCAGCCAGGAUCGGAUAGCUAUUCAGCGCAUCCGUGAAACUGCUGAGAAGGCCAAGAUCGAGCUUUCGUCGACAACACAGACAGAGAUCAACCUACCUUAUAUCACCGCCGAUGCAUCUGGCCCCAAGCACAUCAACAUGAAGCUUGGACGCGUGCAGUUGGAGAAUCUUGUCGAAUCUCUUAUCAAGCGUACCAUUGAGCCGUGCAGAAAGGCCCUUUCUGACGCCGGUGUGAAGGCCAGUGAGAUCGACGAGGUCAUCCUCGUUGGUGGUAUGACCCGCAUGCCUAAGGUCACGGAGACGGUCAAGAGCGUCUUCGGUCGCGAUCCCAGCAAAGGUGUCAACCCCGAUGAGGCUGUCGCCAUCGGUGCCUCCAUUCAGGGUGGUGUGCUGGCGGGCAAUGUCACGGAUAUCCUCCUCCUCGACGUUACGCCCCUGUCGCUUGGUAUCGAGACGCUCGGUGGUAUCAUGACCAAGCUCAUCAGUCGUAACACGACCAUCCCAACAAAGAAGUCGCAAGUCUUCUCCACUGCUGCUGAUGGUCAGACAGCCAUCGAGGUCAAGAUCUACCAGGGCGAGCGUGAGCUUGUCCGGGACAACAAGCUUCUUGGCAACUUCAACCUCGUCGGCAUCCCCCCUGCUCCCAAGGGUGUUCCUCAGAUCGAGAUCACCUUCGACAUCGAUGCUGAUGGUAUUGUCAACGUGGCUGCCAAGGACAAGGCCACCAACAAGGACCAGUCGAUGACUAUCGCCUCCUCGUCGGGUCUUAGCGACAAGGAUAUUGAGCGCAUGGUUGCGGAUGCAGAGCAGUUCGCCGAAUCUGACAAGGCUCGUCGUGAUCUUAUCGAAGAAUCCAACAAGGGCGAGUCCGUUUGCUCCGACACUGAGAAAGCCAUGAAUGAAUUCAAGGACCAACUCGAUGCCGCUGAGAAGGAGAAGGUCACCAAGCUCGUCGGCGAACUUCGCGAGCUUGCUGCCAAGGGUCAGGUUGGCGACGGCUCUGUUACCGCUGAGCAAAUCCGGGAGAAGAUCAAUGAGACUCAACAAGCCUCGCUCGGCCUCUUCCAGAAGGUGUACGAGAAGCGGAAUGCUGAGAACGCUUCGUCAGAAAGCAGCUCGGAGAGCAAGGAGGAGAAGAAGGACUAA